AUGAACGAAGUCGUCUCAGUGAAGUUUGUUCGGGAGGAGUCCCCGACAGAGAAAGGCCCUUCAAAAAUCGAAGGGGAAUUUUUGAGUCGAUUCGUCAUUCAGGAGGAAGAGACGCUUUCCCUAGUAAGCCCCAGACAAAGCAAAAAAAUCACUCUCGAGGGAAAGUACGUGGGGACAGCAGGGAACUCCAUCUGGGUCCAGCAAGGGGAAUUCCUCGUUAAAUUUUCACUUCUCGGGAGCCCAGAAAACUCUUUUCUUUCGGAGGUUAUUCGGGUCUGUGUUGGAAAGGCGAAGGUUCGAGUCUCAAAAGACGAAAUUUUCGUGAAGGAAAAAGGCUCUUUUUCUGUUCGCAGUCUGCAGAUGGAGGAAAUAGCGAAGAUCCCGGGGAGUUUUCGGGGAGUCUCUGAGGGCUCUGUUUUGGCUGCGGAUGCGGGUGAGCUCGUUUUGUGGGGGAGAGAGAAAUACCUGGAAAUUUGGCGGGAGAAGAUCGACGAAGGGGCAGAGUAUUUUUUGCUGGAAAAUUUUGUUCUUUCGGUCAGGGCUGAUCUUUUGACAUUUUCAGGGCCGGAAUUUUCGGGGGAAGUAAGAAUUUGCAUCGACGUUGAAGAGGAGGAAGAACCCGGGCAUUUCAUCGUCAGAAGCUUCCGGGUUGGGCCGAUCGAGCAGUUCUUUGUCGUUGCGCAUACAAACUCCGUGGACAUCGAGUACGUUGUUUUUUCGGGCGGAAAGUUCCAGAAGUUCAUUCCCCACGAGGAACUCGACGGGUUGGCUGUGCCCUUUGGGGAGAGUUUGAAAAAUUUGCACGUUUUGGAGUCAACGGUUUUGCAGGACGUGAACUUGGAGGACAAGGAGAUUCUCCAGGGGCCGACAGUUGCUGUUGAGACGGAGGAUAAAGUCACUUUGUACGGGAUGAUGCUUGAUCUGUGCGAUCUCUCUGCGUACGUCCAGGGGCGCCGUGGGAGGGAGCCUGAAAUAAAUCAGGUUAAAAAUAACAGAUUGCCAAAUGGGGAAGUAUUGCCCGAUAUGGAAAAGGAGGAAACCGCGGCAAAACCUGAGAAGACAGAGCAGGAGAGUGCGGGAAGUGCCCUGGGGAAGCCUGCAGCGGAUGUUUCGGAAAGUGCAAAAGAUGCAGAGAAAGAGCCCAGCGAUACCUCAAAGAUUCCAAACGGAAAAACAUUACCUGAUACGGAAAAAGAGGAAAAAAUUGCAGAACCUGAAAAGGAAUGCGUUCUCUCUCAAAGCACCGGCGAGAGCACGGCUCCCCUGCAGGAAGAGCGCAAGCCCAGAGUAAGCAAUCCAAUCCCCCUCUCCGCUCUCGUGAAGGACCCGGAGGAAAACAACCUGAAAGUCGCUGAAAAUUUCGCAGAAAAAUUUGCCCUGAAAAUUCCGCCAGGUCUCCGUGAAAGCUCUCGCGGGAAGGAAGGAAAUGCCCGGAAAGUCGAAAGUGCCCCCGAAAAAGACCCGCUCCCGAAUACGGUGAAGCUCAACAUACCCGAAAGAGAGAACCCCAUGGCCCGGAUAAAAAGCAUGCUCCAAGACCUGGGGUCAGGAGAGGAAAUUUCAGGCAUAAAAAAACCGAUUUCUGAGGUCAGAGAAAACAUCCAGGAGCUGCGCGAGAUCCUGGGAAGGUGCCGAGAGCGCAUGGAGAAGAUAGAGCUCCCAAAGGAGCCUUCUGCCUCUCUGAGCGUGAAGGGAAUCCUCGCAGGGAUUGAAGAAGCAAUUAUCCUGAUAAAAGAUCAAAAGAUCAGGUUGAAAGAUGUAAUCUGCGAGAGGGAGGCCUCCCAGGAAAAGGCAAAAAUACUCGCACUUUUGGUGGAGAGCAGGCUUUCCCGCGCGGAGAAAGUCCUUUCCGGGCCACCCCUCGACUUCUCCCGGGAGAUUGAGCACAUAAACACGAGAAUUUCGAAUAUCUUCAACAUCUCGGCACACUCCAUCGGAAAAGCACGAGAUCAGGUCACACCAGGCAGUAUUAGCGUCUAUAGCGAGCCCCUGAAGAUGCACGUCCCAGAAAUUUCGCUGAUUGAAGAAGGCGCAAUCCUCCCAGAGGCCAGAGACAAGACCUUCGACCUUUUGGACGAGUGCAUAGAAAAGAUAAAAAGCGUCCAAAUCCAAGGAGAUACACUUUCAAAGGACGGCCUGAUGCAGCACAUCUUUAGGUCCCCAAACGAGGCAGCUUUUCUCCGGGCAAUCCACGAGAGAAAGGCCCCAGAGAAAACAGGCCCAUUCGAAGGAAGCCAGCAAGCGAGCAGGUCACUCAGUGGUAAUAGCAGCCAGAUACUGAGUAAGACUGAGUCAUUCCUAACUAGUAGCAGUGAUACUAAUAGUACUAGAAGCAGCUCACUCCUAGGCAGGAAUACUAGUAGCAGUAGCUUAUUCCAGAGUAGUAAUAGCAGCAAUAGCCAGAUACUGAGUAAUACUAAUACUAAUACUAGUACUAGUAAUCCAUUCCAGAGUAGUACUAGUAGUACUAAUAGCAGUCCUAUGGGCAGUAGCUUAUUCCAGAAUAGCAGUAAUAAUAGUAAUAGCCAGAUACUGAGUAAUACUAAUAGUAGUAAUACUAGCAGCAGUAAUCCAUUCCAGAGUAGAAGUAGUACUAGCAGUAGUAGCCUAUUCCAGAGCAGUAAUACUAAUACUAAUAAUAACCCAUUCCAGAGCAGUAAUACUAGCAGUAGUAGCCUAUUCCAGAAUACCAAUACUAACCCAUUCCAGAAUAGUACUAAUACUAAUAGUAACCCGUUCCAGAAUAGAAGUAGUAAUACUAGUAAUACUAGCAGUAGUAGCCUAUUCCAGAAUACUAAUACCAAUACUAACCCAUUCCAGAAUAGAAGUAAUACUAAUACUAGCAGCAGUAGCCUAUUCCAGAAUACUAAUACUAGUAAUAUUCAAUUCCCAAGCAGUACUACUAAUACUAAUAGUAGCCUAUUCCAGAAUACUAUUACUAGUAAUACUAGUAAUACUAGCAAUAUUCAAUUCUCAAGCAGUAAUACUAAUACUAGUAGUAACCCAUUCCAGAAUACUCCGCAGGCAUCAGGCACUCUAUUCGGGGGCAGCCCACAGGGAGCUUCUUUCCCGGGACAGAGCCCUGGCAAUUCGUCCUUCAGCCUUCUCUCGCAAAGUUCCGGCUUCACUCAAGGGAGCAAGUCCCUGGGCCUCUCCGGAGCAAAUCCAUCUUCUCUUUUCAAGAAGAAAGAGCAAUAA